AUGCAGACGAGUGGGCUGGUGACAGCCAUCGUGGGCUGGGUGGCCACUGUCCUCAUCUGUGCCCUGCCCAUGUGGAGGGUGACAAACUGCCUCGGCUCCAGCGGCGUAGGGGCCCAGUCGUACUCGGACGGGCUGUGGGUGACCUGUGCCAACGAUGGCACGGGGCAGUCGCAGUGCAGGUAUUACAGCUCCCAGCUGGAGAUCAGCCCCGACUUGCUAAUUUCCCGUCCCCUGGUGGUCACCGCCCUCAUCGCGACCUUCAUCGCCAUCAUCAUCUUCGUCAUGCGUGGACCCUUCUCCAGCUGCAUGGGCGGCAACCAGGGCAACAGGGGCGCGGUCAUCGCUGUGGCAGGCUCCCUGUUCUUCAUGUCCGCCAUCCUGAUCCUCAUCGCCGUCUCCUUUACUACCAGCAACAUCAUCAACAACUCCUACACCCCCACGGGGCCCGAGGCCGUCAGUAGAGAGCUGGGGGCUGCCAUCUACAUCGGCUUCAUCGCCUUUACCCUCUUGCUCGCCAGUGGGAUUGUCCUGAGCCACUUGGGAACCCUAUACCCGCAGGAUUCCUACGCCAAGAAUUACAAAGGGGUGAAGACCUGCGAUUCAACAGGCUACCCCAUGAAGGACUACGUGUGA